AGCAAAGACUUACGCCAUAUUAUUUGCAAAACCAAAACCGAAUGGACGUGUUUCCUUAUCCUUGAAAAGAUUAAGAAAAAAAAGUUCGAAUCUACACCGCGCCGGCGGGAAAGUUUGACAUUUGAUUCCUCUAUACUCUGUGCUUUGUAACUUUUUAAUUUCUAAAUAUCUUACGCAACGGUUUGUCAAUGUAAUGCCUAAUUUAUUUCAACUUUUUUGCAAUUAAAGUUUUAGCCUAAUUUGAAUUAAACGGUAAUUAAGUAUGGCGAAUAUAUUGUGUUAGUUUGGAAUGGCCAAAUACUUUGUUAGAAUGUUUUAUAUACUAGCUUUGUGUCCGGUUCUGCUUGCGUCGGCUGUUUUGACCCUCACCAUUGACACGCAGCUUGGGACUUCAGUUGAGGAUUGCUUCGAUCGCAUUUCAAUCGGCGAGCAACUGCCUCGCGACGCCAUCUACCGGAACGUCACGGAACUAACGACUACGGAGUGCGAGCAGAUCUGUAAACAGGACAAGCAGUGCCAGGCGUACGAUUACGGAGUCGGUGCGAAAGGAAACGCUACAUGUGACCUAAGCAACUUGGACGAAAAGCAAAUAAAAGAGAAAAAUCUGUUCUUCCGUAACCCAGAUUAUGACGUCUAUGUCCGCCGCUUCCAGUGCGAACAAUCCCCCCCUACACCAAUAGAUCAACCUAACGGACCACAGAGUGAUAACCAACAUCGACCUGUCUUCAGACCAGGCGAAGAAGACGCUAAAAGACCAUUGUACGACGAUUUGAACCCAUACGAAACUAAUAGACCGACGUAUGUGUCAAAUAGUCCAAAUAGACCGGGUUACGGAGACGAAAGACCUGAUGGAUACAAUACGGGUAGACCAGUGAAUGAUAGACCACCGAGCUACGGCGCGCAUAAACCUCAAGAGAUUCCUUAUAGACCUGAAGAAAGACCUCCAAGUUACGGCUUACACAAACCACAAGAAAUACCUUAUAGACCUGAAGAUAGACCUCCAGCUUACGGUUCACAUAAACCACAAGAAAUACCCUAUAGACCUGAUGAUAGACCUCCAAGUUACGGAGUACACAAACCUCAAGAAAUACCUUAUAGACCGGAAGACAGACCACCAAGUUAUGGAGCUCAUAAACCUCAAGAAAUACCUUACAGGCCUGAUGAUAGACCUCCAAGUUAUGGACUGCAUAAACCCCAAGAUAUACCUUAUAAACCUCAAUACACAAAUACAUCAAGACCAUCUGAUUCUUACGAUCAGCUUUAUUUUGAAGAUUCAUACGGUAAACCUAGGCCUGAGUACUGGAGGCCUGAUCCAUAUAAUCCACCUUUACCAGGUGAUGAAAUUCAAGACAUUUACGGACCCAAACCAAGCAGACCACGACCUCAAUACGUUCCAGAACGGCCUCAAUAUCAAUACAUCAUACGACCAAAUAGAAGACCGAAACCAACAAUAGAAGAUCAAGGUUAUAACCAAGUAAAACCUCUCUACCCAAGCAGACCUGAAUACGGUUCCGGAAUUAAUGACCCAGAUGUUCCAUACAAACCGACUAGGCCCUACGAUAAGCCAAGUUACUCUUACACUGGACAGUAUGCCAGCAAUUAUGGCGUUUCACAGGAUAAUUCUAUUAAAGUAGAAAUAUACGACCCUCCGAGACCUUAUAGACCGAGUGUCAGUCAAAGACCGUACCAUGACAGACCAGGGAAUGGAGAAAUGUAUGGGCAAGGAUACGGUUACAAUACCUUCUCAAACCAACAAUCGUUUUCUCAAAGUUCUUCCCAAUAUGGGUCUAGUUCGUGGAAUGAAAACUAUCAAGGCUAUAAACCUCAAAAACCAAGUUACGGUGGAAAUGAUAAUGACGAUAUUGGGUAUGGACCUAAACCCGAAAAUUCCAAGCCUUCACAGACAUCAGGAUAUGGCCAGAAUGGCCAAAGUGGUUACCCAGAAAUUUCUAGCAAUCAAGGCUAUGGAAGUCAAUCGGAAGCAAGUAAUGGAUAUGGAGGUCAAACCAGUUCAAAUAGUCAAGGUUAUGGUCAAAAUAGCUAUCAAGGUCAGUCUCAAUUAAAUAAUAAUCAAGGUUAUGGAGGUGCGUCUGAAUCAAAUAGUCAAGGAUAUGGUCAAAGUAGCUAUGGAGGUCAGUCAUCUUCUAGCAGUCAAGGAUAUGGCCAGAAUAGUUAUGAAAGCCAGUCUAGUUCCACUAAUGGCUAUGGAGGUCAAUCCAGUUCAAGCAGUGGCUAUGGAGGUCAGUCUAGUUCAACUAAUAGCUACGGAGGUCAAAGUAGUUCUAAUACUGGUUAUGGAGGGCAAUCAAGUCCAAGUAGUAACUAUGGAGGUCAAAGUAGUCCUAGUAAUGGCUACGGAGAUCAGCCUAGUUCAAGUAAUGAAGGUUAUGGUCAAAAUAGCUAUGGAAGUCAAUCUGGAACCAGUCAAGGAUAUGGUCAAGGCAGCUAUAGCAGCCAAAGUUCUUAUGGAGGUCAAACUAACCAGCAAUCAUCACAAAGCAAUCAGUAUGGAAGCACACAAAGCGGUUAUGGUAAUCAAAUUUCUGAUUCUCCUAGUGGUUAUGGAAACCAACAAAGUAACUUGUAUUCCGAUAACGAAAGCGGUUACAGAAACGAAGCCUCAAACUCUUACACAGAUCAACAACCCAAUAAAUACGGAUCUGAUAAAGGCAAUAAAAAUCAACUACAACACAAUUACGGAAGUAAAUACGGCGAAAGAUACGAUUACAACCAAAACGGUUACUACGGUAGCCAUCUUGGAUACGGUACGCAUCAUUUAUAUGGUAUAAAACCAGGGAGUUACGGAAAAGAUCCCAACCAGCAAUACAGUCCAAUAAUGACAAACAAAGGACCAUAUGGGGAAAACAAAAUCAGUGGUUAUGGGGAUGAUAAGAGACCAAAUAAAAGUGAUUUAAAGCCAGCAUACGGUGAUGAGGCCAAAAGCGAUCAGAAGAACAAACAAGAUCAAGCAUCAAAUAGAUUAGAUGUUAAACCAGUGUAUGAACAUAAUAGAGAUCGUAAUGGAGAGCGAGUGACUUCACGACCAGUUGCAGUUAGUGGUAAUAGAAGAAAUCCGAAGCCUGGUGAAACUUAUGAAGCGUGCUUCAGGCGCGUGCUCGCCGGAAGACGUGCUCUGCGGAGUCACGUGAGAAAGGUCGUGAACUGCGAACGUUUGGAAGACUGUAGGAGGGAAUGCGCUGAAGAGAGGCGGUUCCACUGUGAGAGCUUUAAUUAUAGAUUAGAUCCAACAUUCCGCGGCAAAGGUCUGUGUGAGCUGAUGACAAAACCCAUAGAAGCCUUCGACCUCCAAGAGGAUUUCGUAGACGACAAAGAUUAUGACUUCUAUGAGCUCGACCGAAACAGCUUAGAACCUUAUUGCCCAGAAACCUUGAGAGGACCAGGUCUCUUACAUUCUGGUUAUUUAUCUUCCAAGCCUGCGAAACUACCAGGCAACCAUGAUCAAUGGAGAGAUCAUAUGGACUUGUCUGUUAAUGGAUAUAAGAGUUACAAUCGGUUCUAUGACGAGAAAAGUACACAGACGUUCAACAGACGGUAUGAAGAUCAGUUGUAUGUGCCUUAUCAGAUAGGCGUAAUUAAAAAUAACGACGAUCGACGGACAGACGAGAGCUGGGGACAAUAUGGAGGAAACUAUGGAGGCAUCCAUACAUCUUACAAAGACAGAAACGAUUUCCACAAAUCCAAAAACCAUUGGGGAAUCACCGAACCAUACAACUCUUACCAAGGCGUCAAACACUAUAACCAGAAAGAAGAUUUUAAUUACCACAGUCUCCAAAAGAAUGGAGAAUGGGUAGAUUACGGAUACGGUUACGGAGCUUGGAAGAAGGGCAGGUGGAAUAGCUCUGGAAGCUUCUGGAAAGAACAUGGAGAUGGUUUUAGGGCAAAAGAUCACGAGUUUGAAUCAAGAAGUGAUGAUUCUACUAAAGACUGUUCUUCUCGACGCAGACCAGGCAUGUCGUUGGGAUCUGGAGCGAUCAGACGAUCUUUGCUAGCUCAUACGGUAGUCGAGUGUGAAGCCGCCUGUUUUGGGGAGAGGGAGUUCAAAUGCGUAUCAUAUAGUUACAGAUAUUCCAGUUCUCCAGGCUCAGACAACUGUUUCCUCAGUGAGAGGCCCUACAGAGGUCUGGAGAUGUCAGCUGACAGCGGGUCUGACGUGUACGCAAUGCCACUGCACCAGGACUGUCAGACCAUCAGCACUAAGCCCUGGGUUGAGAGCGAAUGCUUUUGGCACGUUCGUUCCGGGGCAGCAGUGAGUGGCAAAGCAGUGAGGGCGGCCAUCACUGUGACCGGGCUGGGAGCAUGCGAGGCGGAGUGCAUUCGAGCACACAGCUUCUUCUGCAGAGGAUUUAGUUUUAGGUUUGACGCACCGACUAUCGGCGAUGACCUUGAGAAUUGUCUCCUAACUUCCUCACCGCCUACAUCCCUUGAACUGAACCAUGGGUUAACUCCCAACAAGCACGAGCUGUAUUCUAGAGGCAAUUAUGGAAGAGGGUGUGAACCGGCUUUGUAUGACGAUGUUAACCGAGAACCACAAUGUUACCUCCAAUAUGAAAACGCAGCAAAACUGACACCUAUCUCUGUAAGGGGCCGCGCGCAUGCCAAAGACGAAAGAGCUUGUGGCCACGCCUGUACUGAUGCGCCGUUUACUUGCCUGAGCUUCUCUUUCAACAACAAUGCAGCUCCCGAUUCCGAGAACUGUCUGCUAUCAGAGAUUCGCCUCUUCGAUCUGCAACGAGGAGUGGAUUAUGAGCAUUCCGCUGACGAUCUUCUGUUUGCUUUCGACCUCUUCAACGGACAAUGCUGGCGAAAGUUCCACGGAAAGGGAGAAUACGAAGUUCCAUCCCUGGAAGUCCCUCGACCGUUGUCAGCUCCAACUAUAGAAGAAACUUACCCUGGGACAGCGUCUGCGCCAGACUUUGCGCCACCUCCACCAGAAACCUACAUCAUCAGCUCAGGCCCGACAGGACCAGGUUACCCAGCCCCAGAACAUCCCAAACCUUAUGUUCCAGAAACCGGUUAUAAACCGGGUUACGAUUUAGGACCACCAUUAAAACCGGGUUACAUUCCAAGUGGUCCUGAAAUAACUGGGCCGAGUGGUCCACCUAGUUAUCCAUCUGGACCACCUAGUUAUCCAUCCGGACCACCUACUUACCCAUCCGGUCCACCCAGUUAUUCAUCUGGUUCCAAUUUUAAACCAAGUUAUCCAGCUGGAGAAUAUGAAUCGAAUCCACCAAGCUAUGAACCGCACCGCCCGGUUUAUAGACCAAGUUAUCAACCUGAUUAUUCGCCACCUGGUCCAAGUGUAUCCGGUUAUAAACCUGGAUAUAAACCCGGAUAUAAACCGCCCUAUUCGAGUGGACCAAGUUAUCCUUCAUACGGACCAGCGUAUCCUCCAUACACUGGACCGGAUAGACCAGACUAUAGUGGAGGUCCAGGGUUCAAACCAAGUUCUGGAGGUAGACCAGUUGGAUAUCCAGCUCAAGAUGUAGGAUAUAGACCUCCAGUACAGAGACCAGUGGAUAAAAUUGAUGAGUCUUUGUCGGUGUCAUGGCGACACUAUACAGUGUCAGGAUUCCCCUGUAGGAAGGGCACGGUCUGUGAGCAGAACGUCAUAGCAGGACACUGGGCUUGCGAGCCGGAGGGUGGGGAAAUUGGUUCGUGGGACUACUGCUGCGCUGCUACCCACAGGUGUGGUUACAGCGAAGGAUUCCGGAAACCAUGGUGCUACGUCGGUCCGUCCCACGACCAAUGGCGUCCGUGCAGCGAGAAGUACUACCCUUACCACCAACACAACGUACCGCACCCCUCACAAGGACAAAGAGAGGCGAUCCGCCCAAGACCUGACCAAAAUCUGAAACCGUUAGAUAAACCAAGCUACGGUUCUAAAGACAAGGACAGGUUCUAUCCCGGAGGCUAUCUGUCAGAAGGUGAUAGAAGAUACUGGGAUGAUCUAUAUAAAAAUGGACCUCAAGCCUAUUAUGACAAGAAUGGAAAUCCUUUACCAGGUUAUACUCGAGUUCCAAUAGAAGAUAGACCGCACAUCAAAUACCAAAGGAAUCCCGCAAGACCGGGCUCUGGGUACUGGGUACCAGUGCCUUCACCUGAAGAUGGAGAACCCCCUGCCACUGGUGGUUUGGGGGUACCAAGGUACUGGCCAGUAGCGUAUCUACACAAAGGCCCACCGCCAAACAUGACGUACUUCAGAUACAACGAGACUACAACCACUGAGAGAUACGACAUCCGACCCAAAGACAAACCUGAUACAAAACGCUUAAACAUAGACAAACCUGCGGAAAACGAUUUAGAAAGUAGAUCUGUGGACAACAAUCCUAGAGCCGAAAAAAGAAUAAAUAUCACAGGAGACGAAGACGAUAUCUAUGAACUCAAAGUAGAUAAUCAAACAACAACUACUUAUAAACCAGAAGUUAAUGAAACUGUAUUGGAAAGUGUUACCGAAACACAAAUAAAAAUUAACAAUACAGAUACACAGAGUAAGCCUGUCGUUUCUAACAUAGAAGAGGAAGAUAUAAUUAGUGGAAUAGAUGGAAAGCUUCAUGAUUUCACUAAAUCGAUUGAAGUUUACGAUAUAGAAGACGUUAAAGGUGACAAAAUAUCUGAUUUUAAGACUUUAGAAGCAGAGGAGAAACAAAUCGAAGCUAUAGGAAGACUUUUAGCGUCAAGACGUGCAGGAAAACUAGUUAUACAUAAACGUUCGCAAAAAGACUUGGAAUCAAAGAGUAUAUCGCUGGAUAAAGAUUUCAUAGAUUUUAAUUUUGGUAACAGAUUCCCAACAACAGAAAGGAGAGGUGUUAUACAAAAAGUAUCCAAAGACGAUAUAGAGAAAAGUAAAUUUAUAAAUGACAAAAGUCUCGAAGUGAGCGAGACAACUUUUGUUAGACCGCCAAGAGUGUUGAGUACUGCAACUACUGAGAAUAUAAGAAAAGCAGUUGUAAAUGGGAAGGUGUUUUAUGAUGCAACGAUCAGAGACCAAAGGGAGUUGUAUACAAAUUCAUCGCGACGUGCAAAGAACCUACGUCUCGAAGAGAACCGUGCACCUUCUGUGAUACCAACAGCGAGUACAAAGAAAAAAAACAUUAGAACUCGAAACACUAAUCCAAUAAGACGCGUGAGGAGGGUUUAUAAAAAGAGAUACAACCCUGAAGAAGUAAGAAAGAGAUUGUUAGAAAGAGAAAAGAAUAAAAAUGCUACCGAAGGUAUAAAAAGUUAAUGGAAUGAAGCGAAAUGUUUAUCGAUUGGUUGAUCAACCAUUAAUCUGAUAUUGAAACGAUAACACUUACG